AGCGCCUCUCUCCGCUGCAUCGGCACAAACCGACUGAAGAGGAAAAUGGCUCGAACCAAGCAGACCGCCCGUAAGUCCACCGGAGGGAAGGCUCCCAGGAAGCAGCUGGCCACCAAGGCCGCCCGGAAGAGCGCCCCGGCCACCGGCGGUGUGAAGAAGCCUCACCGUUACCGGCCCGGUACCGUGGCUCUCAGAGAGAUCCGCCGCUACCAGAAGUCCACCGAGCUGCUGAUCCGCAAGCUGCCCUUCCAGCGCCUGGUCCGGGAGAUCGCUCAGGACUUCAAGACCGACCUGCGCUUCCAGAGCUCCGCCGUCAUGGCUCUGCAGGAGGCCAGCGAGGCUUACCUGGUCGGCCUGUUCGAGGACACCAACCUGUGCGCCAUCCACGCCAAGAGGGUCACCAUCAUGCCCAAAGACAUCCAGCUGGCCCGGCGCAUCCGCGGGGAGAGAGCAUAAUCUGCCCGCACUCCGCUCACCACACAACGGCUCUUUUAAGAGCCACCCACCCGCAGUGAAGCAGCAAAUUACUCCUUUUAAUAAGAUCCGUAUUGUAGUGAGACUGAUUAGGGUUCAUCCCAUGAGGAGCAGACAUGUGGUUCAGCAUCAGGAGAACAAGACAGGGA